UGACACCUCUUCACAUUCUCUGCCUCUCCGCCGUCCACUAUUACAAAGCUCAUCCGCGCUCCUGUACCGCGCGGCUCGUGCAGCGGAGGUCUAGCGACUCGUCCGUGUCCUGCUCCUCUUUAAUCAUUCGGAAAGUGUUUUAAUACAAGGACAUAUUCAGUGAAGAGAAGCCCGUUGCCGUAACGAUGAACUGGGCAAGAAAUUACAAACCAAACGUGGUCGUCCUGGUUCUGGCUGUGUUUGCCAGUGUGGUGAACGCACGAGGGCAAGGAUAUUUUAUGAAUGGGAGAUUAGCAGUCACCCAAAGAGGAGGUCAGCAGGAAGGAGAAGACAGUUCAUAUCACACUACACAGGACCCUAAGAGAGAACGGCCCCUGUUCACCACAGCUCCGCCCUUCAGUAGCCUCGACCACCACCCUCCUUUCAAGCCCUUCCUGCCUUAUGACCCAAGGCCCCAAAACCAUGAGGAGUACUUUCACGACAGCGGAGGGGCGUCUCACCAUCCCACAAUACCGUCCUCUAGAUCCCAUCAUCUCCGAGAUGCCUCCACCCAAUUGGUCCCACAUGAGGAUGCUCCGCCAUUCUCAGAUGUAGGGGCUUCCAGACCCACCACGUCGGCUACAUCCUCUGCUGCCCUCACACAGCCAUACAUGUCUAACAUCCGACAUGGACCCUCAACAGAAACACAAAGAAGAGUCUCAGAGGAUCCUCACGUGACUAUACGAUCACUGACCACCACAGAUGCGCUCACAUCUGCAGCCCCUUCUUCUUCCAGUGACAAACAUUUAGAUGAUGGUGUCACUGUGUCCUCCAAUGUCAGGGCCAGAGAUGCAAGUUUCCAUGCGAAGAAAAGCAAAGAAAAGUUGAAACAGAAUAAGGGGGAACACGUUGCUACAGGAAGUGAUGUCACUGGAACUGCAUCUUCUUUGUCUAGGGAUUUGGAUGAUGAGACCACCACCUCCACCAUCAUCACAACAACUGUUAUAACGAACAUGCAAAUGCCAGCUCCAUGCAGCACCAAUUUCACAGCACCGGGGGGCUACAUAGAGACACCACAGCACGCCAGGAGCGGCUACAAUACAAACGUGGACUGCACGUACACCGUGACCGUCUACAUGGGCUAUGGGGUGGAAAUCCAGGUGAUGAACGUGAGCCUGCUUGAAGGAGACGUGGUCCGAUUCGAAGACCUGGGUGGUCGGGAGCCUUCCGUGCUGGCUAAUGAGUCCAUCUUGCUGAAAGGUCUGGUGGUACGCAGCUGGAGCAACCAAAUCUCCAUCCAAUUCCGAAGCCAGCAGCCUCAAUCCAGCUUCUUACUGCUGCGUUACCAAGCAUUUGUGUUGAGUUGUAACUUUCCUGACAGACCGGCAUACGGGGAUGUUUCUGUGACCAGCCUGCAUGCAGGGGGAGAGGCUUACUUCUACUGCUUCAAUGGAUACCAAAUCCAGGGUCCCUCCACCCUGACGUGCCGUAAUGCUACCACACCCUACUGGAACGGAAAGGUGCCCAGAUGUCUAGUGUCUUGCGGUGGAAUGCUGAAGAACGCAACGUUCGGUCGCAUCGUGUCCCCCGGUUUCCCCGGCAACUACAGCAACAACCUAACCUGCCACUGGGUGCUGCAGGCCCCCGAGGACCAACGGCUUCACGUGCACUUUGAGAAAGUGGCCCUCGCCGAAGACGACGACAGGUUACUCAUAAAAGAUGGGAACCACAUCGACUCGACUAUCCUGUACGACUCGUAUGAGGUGGAAUACCUCCCGAAUGAGGGUAUCGCCGGCUCCUCCAGGCAUCUCUUUGUGGAGUUUUCAACGGAUGGCUUUGGCACAAACACAGGGGUAGCCAUCAGAUAUGAAGCUUUUGCGGCGGGGCACUGCUACGAGCCUUUCGUCAAGUACGGCAACUUCACCACCACUGACAGCGCACACGCUGUGGGCGCGGUUGUGGAGUUCACCUGUGACCUGGGCUACACCCUGGAGCAGGGCUCCGUCAUUAUCGAGUGCAUGGAUCCCAGCAACCCGCAAUGGAAUGAGACUGAGCCCGCCUGCAGAGCUGUAUGCAGUGGAGAGAUCACAGAUUCAGCAGGUGUGGUGUUGUCCCCAAACUGGCCUGAGGCCUAUGACAAGGGCCAGGACUGCAUCUGGGGGAUCCACGUCGAAGAGGACAAGAGAAUCAUGCUAGACAUCCAAGUUCUCCAUUUGGGGAAGAAUGACCUGCUGACCUUCUAUGAUGGUGAUGACCUGACAGCAAAGAUACUGGGCCAGUACGGUGGCUCCCGUCCUCGAUUCAAACUCUACACCUCUAUGGCUGAUGUCACCAUCCAGUUCCAGUCAGACCCUGCCACCAACAUCUACGGCUACAACAACGGAUUUGUGGUGCACUUUUUCGAGGUUCCCCGCAAUGACACGUGUCCAGAGCUUCCAGAGAUCUCUAACGGCUGGAAGACCACAUCUCACCCUGACCUGGUGCACGGCACGGUGGUGACCUAUCAAUGUUACCCGGGCUUCGAAUUGGUGGGCACCGAAAUGCUCAUGUGUCAGUGGGACCUGACCUGGAGUGGAGAUCUGCCCAGCUGUGAAAGAGUUCUAUCAUGCCCAGACCCGGGCACAGUGGAGCACAGUCGCAGGGUGAUGUCAGGGCCACGUCUCAUCGUGGGCUCUACAGUGCAGUUCAUCUGUAACAAAGGCUACUCGCUCUCGGGCAACAGCCUCCUGUCCUGCUAUCACCGCGACUCCACUGGACCAAAGUGGAGCGAGAAACUGCCCAAAUGCAUGUCUGAUUCGUAUGAGCCAUGUAGGAACCCUGGGACUCCCGCCUACAGCAUCCAGAGCUCAGAAAAACAUGUGUAUCAGGCAGGAGAAACUGUGAGAUUUUCCUGUCUGAAUGGAUAUCAGCUCCAGGGUGAGCCUGUUCUCCGUUGUGUCCCCGGGCAUCCGUCCAAAUGGAGCCAUCCACCCCCGCUGUGCAAAGCUGGAAGAUUGGAAUAUAUAGAUGAGCGCAGGUUAGAUGUUGCAAAUGCAGACUUCAGUAUUGAGGGAGCAAGUGUGGCUGUUUCGAUUUUCAUCCCAGUAGCCAUAAUUCUUAUCAUCAUCUUGUCAAUAUAUUUCUACUUUUCAAGGGUGCAGGGGAAAUCUCUACGCUUGUCAUUGACAGCAUCACCACAAUACGACCACAUCAGAGGAGAGUCAGCUUUCGAAAACCCCACUUACGACACAGCAGAUACAAGAGAAUACGAAGUGUCCAUUUAAAAGAAACAAAGCUCAUUUCGCAUGGAGGACCGCAAGCCUUUCUCUGCCUUGUGGAAGAUUUCUUCUCACAUCUUCUGUAGCCACCUCUGCUCUUAAUCUUCUUCUCGUCCUUUCCCAUCUGCUGUAAAUACCGUCGUGCUUCUGAGGACUUCCACAAGUGGAGAGUGUGGAUGACGUAAUAUUAUUUUUUUGGCCUAGCAGAAUUGCUUGUACAGUUUUUACUCGUAUCUGAGCCAAAUUCAGUAAGUAGUUAAAAAUGAAUGGAAAUGGGCAAGUCAAGGCUUUGAGGUGACUGAUGUCUCUCUAAAAUGAUAGAUUCAUUUAUUUACUUCAAAUUUUUUUCAAAAUAAAUAAAUAACCCCAAAUAAUUUGAAGCACCUGGAAUAUAAAAUACGGUUUGGGACUUGAGAAGAUGAAAUUGCAGCAAAUGUAAUGAUAAUCAUAACUGCACCUAAAUUCUAUGCAGGACUAAAUUAAAAAAGUGAAACAUGGCUAUUCUUGUAUGGGUUACAGUUUAUUCAUUUUGUAUUAUUUUAUUCCAUUCCAGUACACAUAAAAAAUGUAAUUACAAAAUUGGCUAACUGUAUCAACCCUUGAAACACACGUAGUGCUGUUCAUGGGAACAUGUACAUUGUUCAUCCAAUGUUUAAUAGUUCCCUUUUUUUAGGGUUGUAUCAAAUUAACAUUAUUCUUCAUUUGGAGCAGUCUUUGUGCACAGUGUCAGAUUGUUGGGCAAGUGGUGUUUACCUGCUCUAAACAACAGCUUUGAAUGAAUAAGCCAAAAGUUCAACUACAUGUACAGGACGUUCUUGUUCAUCCAUCCUUCGCUGAUCAAUUGGCUCUGUUUUUUUUGCUUUCAGUUUAUUUUUGUAUGGUUUUUAUACACAUUAAGGAACAGAAUAACACUUCAGCGCACAGUCCUAAUCUAUAAAUAUAGUAGAAUGUACAUACAAUUUGUAUUAGAUAUGGCUUAUGUCUGUAUAUAUGAGGUUUAUCUAUUAUAGAAUAGAUCAUUGUUCAUUAUUUGACCCUGUCUGUUAACAUCAAUGAUAUGGAUCACCUAAGCCAAUUAUGUACAUGUUCUCCAUAUGAAUGUUGUCUGUACUGAUUUGAAAAACUUGUCUUUCAAUGUAAUUAGCAAAAGCUGCCAAAAAAACAUUUGACACGUGUCAGACUUGCAUUGCGAGUGUUUGUUGCAGUACUUCGCCAUCUCCGCAUCAGAAUUUUAGGAGCCUAUACAACAUUAAAUGUACAACAGUCCUUUUGAACUUUAUACUUAGUAGAGUAUUUUCACAGCAGCAUCUAUUCAUCUCCUGACAGUCUUCAUUCUGAAAUAAUCCUAUUACAAGAUUAUUUUUGCUUUGUUGUACUGUACUGUAAUUAUUUACCACAACAUUGUCAACGCAUAUGUUCAAUUAAAAUCGAUAUUCC